CUGAAAGGUUCGGAAAUCAUCUGCGAGAGCUUGCUGCGGGAGGGAGUCGAUGCGCUUUUCGGCCACCCGGGCGGGGCGAUACUGCCGUUCUACGACGCGCUAUGGUCCUACCCGCAGCUGCGCCAUGUGCUGGUCCGGCAUGAGCAAUCGGCCGCGCACGCGGCGGACGGCUAUGCCAGGAUGACGGGCAAGCCGGGCGUGUGCGUGGCCACGUCAGGUCCGGGGGCGACCAACCUGAUCACCGGGAUCAUGGGAGCCAAGGCGGACAGCGUGCCGUUGGUGGCCAUCACGGGCCAGGUGGCGCGGGCCGCGUUGGGGACCGAGGCAUUCCAGGAGUGCGACAUCUGCAGCAUCGCCGCGGUAUGCACGAAGCGCACGUACCUCGUAAUGUCGGCCGGGGACCUGGCCCGGACGAUACGGGACGCUUUUCGCGUGGCCCAGGAAGGGCGGCCGGGGCCGGUGCUGAUCGACGUGCCGCGGGAUGUCCAGUUGGAAGAGGCCGAGUUCGAAUACCCGGACCCGCCGCCGGCCACGGAGUUGCCGUUAUCGGACGAAACGAUGGAAAACGUCCGCAAGGCAGCUGAGCUCAUGAACCAGGCGGAACGACCGGUGAUAAUUGCGGGGCACGGGAUCAUAAACUCCAGGGCGUUCGACGAGUUGCUGGCGCUGGUGGAAGGGUCGGGCAUUCCGGUGAUCAACACCCUGCUGGGGUUGAGUGGUUUCCCGCGGAACCAUCCGCAGAGCCUGGGGAUGCUGGGAAUGCACGGGAUGUACUGGUGCAACAUGGUGGUUGACCAGGCGGACGUUGUCAUCGGACUGGGGAUGAGGUUCGACGACCGGGUGACGGGUAGAGUGUCGGGGUUUGCCCCGCACGCCCGGAUCGUGCACCUGGACAUCGAAGCCAGCCAGGUGGGGAGGAUAGUGCCGGCGGAAGUGCCGCUGGUCGGGGACGCGAGGCCCAUAUUGAAAGCGCUGGCCCCGCUGGUGCAAAAGAGCGACGCGCUGUUGCCCCAGCAGGUUCUCACCGAGAUGAACGCGAUGGUGCAGGCGGACGACGACGCGGUGGUGGUCACCGGAGUGGGGCAGCACCAGAUGUGGGCAGCGCAGUACCUGUUCCUGAACCAGCCGAACUCCUUCGUGACCUCCGGGGGAUUGGGAGCGAUGGGGUUCGAGUUGCCGGCGGCGUUGGGCGCGCAGUUGGGCCGGCCGGGGGCGACGGUGUGGUCGGUGGCGGGAGACGGCGGAUUCCAGAUGACGCUCCAGGAACUGAUCACGGCGGUGGAGGAAAAGCUCCCCAUCAAGAUCGCGCUGUUCAACAACGGGUACCUGGGCAUGGUGCGCCAAUGGCAGGAGAUGUUCUUCGACGGCCACUUGAAAGAGGUGCCGAUGCCAGGGCCGGACUACGUCAAACUGGCCAAUGCGUACGGCAUCCCGGCGCUUCGCGUGGAGCACCAGGAGGACGUGGCGGCGGCGUUGCAGGAGGCCAAGGCAUACGACGGGCCGUUCCUGAUCGAGUUUGUGGUUGAGCGGGACACCAAUGUGUUCCCCAUGGUGCCACCCGGUGGAUCGCUCGCCGACACGAUGGAGGACCCCAGGACCAUGGCGGCGGCGCGGUGA